AUGGUGUCAGCUAGUUGCACUAUUAUUCUCGGCGCAAUUUGCAUUUUAGGGUUCACCGAGGGCAACCCAUUCGGUUACCCUGGAGGAUGCCCAGGUGGUUGUGGAGGAUAUCAAGUUGGUUUUGGGGGGCCUGGCGGUAUACCACCCGGCGUACCACCAUUCCUACCACCACCGAUCCCACCAUACGGCUGGAGAGACGACGACUCACUAGAUAAGAUAUUGCCAUGGCUAAUUCUCUUGCUGGCGAAUUGA